UCAGCUGGCGGAAAUGGCCAUUGCUUUCUGUUUAUUUCAACAUCCUGAUAAGAAAAGUUCUUGAAGUAUGGCAGCUGCAACGACCCCGGUUGGCCAAGAUCAACCGACAAAAACUGCUCCUAUCGUGUUUGAUGUAUCCCAGCCUCCGGUCAUCGAGGGAUUUAACCCGCUGCCCAGGGCAAAGGAAGAAAGCUUUAAAGACAAAUUCACCAGAAAGACUAAAGAGAAUCCAUUCGUCCCUAUAGGUUGCUUAGGAACAGCAGGAGCAUUGAUCUACGGCCUCAGUGCCUUCAGACGUGGCAAGACUAGGCAGUCCCAGCUGCUAAUGAGAGCCCGUAUCUUCGCCCAAGGCUUCACCGUCGUUGCCAUCAUAGUGGGUGUGGCUGCCACAGCACUGAAGCCCAAACCGUAGAAAGAAACGACCACAGGAAACAUCAGACCAUGUUUAAUAACACUGAUAAAUGCCUUAUGUAGUCGAUGGGUGAAAUGUCAGCGAGGAAUUAACAAAAUCUUUGCAAUGGUAUUGGUAUGUUUUUUGUUUUCUUUAAAGAGAAAGGCGUAGUGCAAGAACAAAUAAUAAUCCAUCAGGUUGCAGGCGGGACUAUAUGAUCUUGUCUGCUACUACACUUACACAUUUAUACUCAAUAUAUCCUUUAAUAAGUGUCCUGUCUCGGUGCAAAACUUAAGUUAGCUAUAGUCACUUUUUGUAGUUAUUUGGUAUGACAGGCAAAGUGGUUCAUUUUCAUUUUGAUGUGUGAACAUUGUUUUAAAUGUUACGUUGUGUCUUAUCUCAAUUGUGUUUAUGUACAUUUAAGAGCACUAUUUAAGAUCCAGUGUAAUUGGAUGUCAGUGUUGACAAUCCUUAAUAUUAAAAAAUCUUUUAGUAUUUGUUUGCAAGAUGUCACAAUAAACGUUAAAGGAAUUCAAAAGGUU